ACGGGCUCUGCCUUCGAAGGGCUCGGUCCUCUGUGCAAAUGCAGGGGGAGCAAGAGGAGUUUUAUUGAUGAUGGGAAUCUGACUUUGGGCAAAGGAGCUGAAGAGGAGUUUCUAAUUGACAGCAUUGAAUUCACAAUGGUAUUUUCUUCUAAUUUGGCAUAGCACUUGUCCCUGAAGGAGACCAGGUGCUUGAGACAGGGUAGGAAAUGCAGCAAGUGUCAGUGUGAGGUUUCUGUCUUUGGCGUGCGGAGCAAGACUGUAAAGUUAAAAGGAGGACGUUCAACUUGUCUUUCUUCAGGAGAAACCUUGUGAGUUUCUUUGCAACAGCUGGACAUCCCUCACGUUAAGGAGAAGGAUGUGAAGAAGGAGGUGAUUGUACAAUUGUGAUUGUACCAGCUACUUGGGAUGAGCACUGGUGCUGGAUCUCCCUGUGUGGCUGGAGUGCAUUGACAACCUGGAUGCUUUGUGGGGGCUUUCCUUCAUCCUAAGCAGCACAGGGCUAUUAGUUUGGAUAUAGUGUUUUUGGAUGAAACACUAAAAUAGAGACAGUUUUGCACCUUUUUUUAUUUGCUUAAAAUGUCACUUGCUAGUCUGACCUGCUUGUGUGAGGAGCUGUGACUUUUUUAUUCAUACUGAUCACGCUGAAAGUAGACUGAAGCUGUGGCAAGAUGUCCUGUCUGCUGGGUGCAGCGUGCUAGGAACUGAGAGGGUGUCGCAGCUUCGUGCAGAAGACAUCUUGGCAUUUUCAGUGCAUUAACUGCAACCAAUCUUUCUUUUUCCUUUCUAGUGGAACCAGGUAUUGGUUCCUGAAGAAAAGUAUAUACAAUACCAAUAACUGCACUUCAUGCUCUUCCAAGACUUUAAAUCUGAGGCCUUUUUCAUAAUUUUUGAUAUCAUCUGAAUCUGACAAAGUAAUUUUACACUCCAUUGACAUUUAAAAACAAAAUCAGAGUGUUUUCCAGUGUGUUAGAAGAGAGUAAUUCUAAAGAGGAGAUCUUUUAUUUCCUUUGCUGAAUAGUUUGGUGAAGAUACACCCAUGUCUCAACGCCGCCUUUUAAGGGAAGGACAUGAAAGUCCUUUUAGGAUCCUACAAAGAUUCUUCCAAAUCCCUCAUGGCAGAAGACACUCAAGAAAUAACCCACAUCAAAUAUGCUCUGAUGAAAUCAUGCAUCAGGAUAUCAUUCCCCUCUAUGCUGCAGAUAUUCAGGACCAAUUAAAGAAACAAUUUGCUUAUCUGUCAGGUGGAAGAGGGGGAGAUGGCUGCCCUGUUAUCACCUUUCCAGACUAUCCAGCUUUCAGUGAGAUUCCUGAAAAAGAGUUUCAGAAUGUUCUGACCUACCUGACAAGCAUUCCAAGUUUACGAGAUGCUGGAAUUGGAUUUAUUCUUGUCAUAGAUCGCAGACAGGACAAAUGGACCUCUGUGAAAGCCUCCAUACUGCGGAUAGCAGCAUCUUUCCCAGGAAACCUGCAAUUAGUCCUCGUUCUGCGCCCAACAGGGUUUUUCCAUCGAGCUCUCUCGGACAUUGCUUUCAGAUUCAACAAAGAUGAGCUUAAAAUGAAAGUACCUAUCAUAAUGCUGGGCUCAGUGUCAGAACUGCAGGGUUACAUUGAUAAAACACAAUUAACAGAAGAUCUUGGUGGCACCCUGGAUUACUGCCACAACAGAUGGCUGUCCUGUCGCACUGCUAUAGAAGGUUUCGCCCAAAAGGUUAAGCAAACAGCUCAGAUUCUUCAGUCCUUUGGGACUGAGCUGGCUGAAACAGAACUACCAAAUGAUGUGCAAUCAACCAGCUCCCUUCUUGCAACACACACAGAAAAGAAGGACAAAAUGAAGGAGGAUAUCAGGGUAGCAGUAGAACAGGGAGAUGAUAUCCUUGGAAGUAUUACAAAACCAGUUACUGAGAAUCCUGAUUACAAACUGAAUCAAGAUCAGCUAGACAAUCAAACAACGGUAGAAAGGCUAUUGGCUCAAUUACAUGAAACAGAGACUGCCUUUGAUGAGUUUUGGAUGAAGCAUCAGCAAAAACUAGAGCAGUGUCUGCGCCUUCGGAAUUUUGAACAGAAUUUCAGAGAGGUCAAAGCAGCUUUGGAUAUUGUGUCUGAGAGACUCUCUGCUUUCACAGAUGUGGGAAACAGCCGUUCACAUGUGGAGCAUAUUUUGAAAGAUCUUGCCAACUUUAAAGAAAAAUCAGAUGAAACUGUAAGAAAAGCCAAAAUGUUAGCUUCAGAGCGUGAUGCUUUUAUUCAAAGCAAUCAUUAUGCUGUGGACUCCAUUAUUCCAAAAUGCAGUGAACUUCAUCAUCUCUGUGAUGCCUUCACUACUGAAAUAGAACAGAGGAGAAAACUUCUUAACAAAUCCCUGGAACUGCAUGACUUACUAGAGAAGUCUAUGAAGUGGUGUGAUGAAGGAAUUUACCUGCUGGCUUCCCAGCCAGUAGAUAAGUGUCAGUCUCAGGAUGGUGCAGAAUCAGCGUUACAGGAGAUUGAGAAGUUCCUGGAUACUGGUGCUGGCAAUAAAAUCAAGGAGUUGAAUAAAAUUUACGAAGAGUAUGCUCACAUCCUCAAUGAAGACCUAAAGGACCAUGUGCAAAAGGUUUUCCAGAAGCAAGAAAGUAUGGAAGAAAUGUUUCAAAAGAGGCAAGUAAGUCUUAAGAAGCUGGCAGCUAAACAGACACGUCCUGUUCAGCCAGUUGCUCCAAGACCUGAAGCAUUUGUGAAAUCUCCUUGUACCUCUCCAGGUCUCCAAAGAGAAAACGUGUCCAACUCAGAAAGCAGUGCACUUCGGAGGGUAAACUACAGAAAAGGAAAGAGUGAAGUGACUGAACUCCAUCAAAGCAGGGGAGGAUCUACAAUGGAUGAUGAAGAAAACCUAGCUGUGUUACGACAGCAUGUAAUGAAUGAACUUAUCGAGACUGAACGAGCGUAUGUGGAAGAACUCCUCUGUGUUCUUGAGGGUUAUGCUGCAGAGAUGGACAACCCCUUAAUGGCUCAUCUCAUUCCACCAGAACUGCAAAAUAAGAAAGAUAUCUUGUUUGGGAAUAUGGAAGAAAUUUAUCACUUUCACAACAGGAUAUUCUUGAGAGAACUAGAAACUUAUGUGGAAUACCCAGAACUAGUAGGACGGUGCUUUCUGGACCAGAUGGAAGACUUCCAGAUUUAUGAGAAAUACUGUCAAAAUAAACCUCGAUCUGAAAGUUUGUGGAGGCAGUUUUCAGACUCUGUAUUUUUCCAGGAAUGUCAAAGGAAACUCGACCACAAGCUCAGUUUGGACUCAUACUUACUGAAACCAGUUCAAAGAAUAACCAAAUACCAAUUAUUGCUAAAGGAAAUGCUGAAGUACAGUAAGAACUGUGAAGGUGCUGAAGAUCUUCAGGAAGCACUAACAUCUAUCCUGGGCAUUCUUAAAGCAGUUAAUGAUUCUAUGCACCAGAUAGCCAUUACAGGCUAUGAUGGAAACCUGAAUGAGUUGGGCAAGCUUUUAAUGCAGGGAUCCUUCAAUGUCUGGACUGAUCAUAAGAAGGGUCACACAAAGGUGAAAGAUUUGGCACGCUUCAAGCCGAUGCAGCGACACCUCUUCCUCCAUGAGAAAGCAGUGCUGUUCUGUAAGAAGCGAGAAGAGAAUGGAGAGGGCUAUGAGAAAGCACCUUCUUAUAGCUACAAACACUCCUUAAAUAUGGCUGCAGUUGGAAUAACAGAAAAUGUCAAAGGUGAUGCAAAAAAAUUUGAAAUCUGGUAUAAUGCAAGGGAAGAAGUUUACAUUGUACAGGCACCAACCCCUGAAGUUAAAGCUACUUGGGUAAAUGAAAUAAGAAAAGUGCUAACAAGUCAACUGCAGGCAUGCAGAGAAGCUAGUCAGCACAGGACACUAGAACAAACACAGAGCUUACCUCUCCCACUACCAGCAUCAUCUUGUGCAAGUCCUUCACGAAACCACAUCAGAAAUACCAAAAAAAUGGAGGAGAAAAAAGCUGAUCUCACAAGUCUAGAAGGUUGUGGCACUGCAGGAGCACCAAAGUACCCCGAGAAAGGCAAAGGCUGGGCCAAACCAUCCCAUUCUCUUGAUGCAUCCGAAGAAAAUGACGGCUGGUCUAGUGCUGAGGAACCGCUGAAUUCAUCGGAUGCGGAGGAAGAAGGAGCAGGAGGGGCAGGCGAGAUCAAGCUGACUCCUGGUAAAUAUACAGUUGUGACUGAUUAUGACAAAGGAGUUUCUGAAGAAUUUACAGUGAAAAGUGGAGAUCUAGUUCAACUGAUUCGUGAAGGGGAGGAUGGACUUUGGUUUGUAAAGAACCUGAGCAGUGGUAGAGAAGGUUGGAUUCCAGCAAGCAAUCUGCUGAUGCUCAUAGGCAACUCAAAAUCAGCUCAAUCUUUAAGCAGCUCUGAAUCAGGCACUGCCUCCAGCAAUUUGAGCACAUCAUCAAGUUGCAGUGAUAGCUGCAAUGUCAGUAGCACCAGCUUCUCUGACAUUAAGGGCUAAUAUGACAUGUUCAUCCCACCUCCCUGGAAGGUAAAUCUGGAGAUUGUCAUUUGCUGCAGAGUUCUGGACGUUGGACUUCACUGGAGAACCACCAGUACUGUGUUGCCAGCUCUGAGUAUUUUUAGUGGUGACUUUUACAGGUUCUCCCAGAGGAUCCCAAUGAAAAGUGCAUGGAAUGUGAAGUUGUAAAUAAAAGUUAAAUGAUUUGAAAUAGGAUUUUGUAGAGGUUUCUCCUCUGAAGAGCUGUUAGCAUCAAGUGUAUUUUCUCCUUGACACGCGAUCAGGUUUCUGCAGAACUGUAUCCUUUUGUAACAGCCAGAAUCUGAAUGUGAGCAAACAAAAUGUGUUCAACAAAAUGCUAAAUGCUCAUUGUAAACAAAUAACAUAGCAAUCACUGUACAGGAUAGGUAUGAGGAAAAUAAAUCCAAGUUUACAAUUUCUUCUCCCCAAGAAACCCUUUCUCCAAGGACAUACCUCAGUCAAUGCAGUGAAUGGAACUCCUAUGGUAACAAGGAAGGAGGUUUGGUCCACCCUCUCCUCUUGGAUUUUCAGGAUAUUCUUCUGCUUCCUAGAGGCUGGGAUGCAGACAUGACCAAUUCACUGGCCAAAACAACAAGAGAAACUAUUACUUUUUCCCUUCCAACAUUUUAGUGACAUGUGCAAUAGAGUAGCCCUUUUAUUUGUUUGGCCUCACAACCAAAUUCUUUACCAAGAUCACUGUUUACAUAGCCUUGGCAAUUUAGUAGUAUAUUUUUCCUUAUGCAGGUGCACAAUGAAACACAGAUGUUCUUAUUCACUAAAUGAUUUUUUAAUAAAGAGUAAUUGCAUGGUUUCAGCUCUCACAACAUGCAGUUACAGGCAGAGGAAACUUGUAACUGCACUAUGGGUCGAGCCUUCCUUCAAACAAACCUAUGAGGGCUGGAGAAAUCCAACAUAUUUUUAGUCCACAGUGUUUGUUCCAGAUUAAUUGAAAGAUAAAAAAACCCCAAUUACAUAAUUUUUCUAUGGAAGUGGAGCACAGGAGAAAAAACAAAAAGAGUCAGAUUUAUGUUACAGAUGAGUUUUUUAAAGGAAGGGUGAUGCUAAAUUUGCCAUUUUUCAGGGUAUGAUUCAAGCCAAUGUUGUAAAUUUUCACUUUGUCAGACAUUCUUUGCACACCAUCCUUACAAACAGUACAAAACUAAGUGCAUAUAUUGAAUACUGUAUUCAUUCCUGUCUAUCUCUCAAAUAUUUUUGCUUAUAUGAAAACAGGUUUUUAACUGAUUCAUGCACCAUAUUAUUUAAAAAUAACGGGGACAUGAAGAGCAUAACUUUUCAGAAGCACUAAGCACAGCAGAUUAUGUCAAAGGGAACUGCUGUUAAUCAUCAGACUCACUGAUGGCUGAGCCCUGAAUUCUAUCUUUACGCCAGAAUUUUAUGUUUUAGAGGCUUCAGAUUGGAAAACUUAAAUGACAAACACUCCUAGGAAUGAUGCAGAAGCAACCCUACCCCGCAAUCAAAAUGCAGCUGACCAUGGUCAGCACAAAUUGAAGCAUGUAUGUACACACACAUAAAUGUAUGCACAGAUAUACGUGCAUGUACGUGCUUGUGUGUAUAUACCUGCAUGUGUAGAUAUGUAUAUGUGUGUAGAUAUGAUGUAUCAAUGUAAAAGAUGUAUUUAUAGUCUUCAUGCUGCUGAAUGUGUCACUUUACAAUUCAUAAAUACUUAGUUUUCUUGCAGUACUGCAAUAUAAAUGCUGAUCAGGGUUUUACUUCAGGCAUCUUUUUCAACAUGGAAAUCCUCUGAUCUUUUUUUUUUUUUUAUUAUUCCAUAUAAUACUGUGCUGACCAGGAAUAUUUAGUCUGAUAUUUAACAAUGGAAUAGCAACAUGAGAAUCAGCUUAUCUUCAUCUAUGUAAGUUAUUUUGUAAAUUAUCUGUAACAUAAUUUACUUAUAUAUUGCUGUCAUUGCUUGGAUGAGACUGUUGUUUCAUUUCUCACUGCAGCCUGAUUUGUGUUAUUUCCAUGGGUUUUUUUCCACAUCAUUGCACUUUAAUACAACCCAUUUCACCAUUUCCUUUUUUACUGCUGUUGUGAAUUAGAAGUUCAAAGUCAGAGGUCUCUACUGUAAUUAAUUUGAAUAAAUUUCAGCGCUUCUUGCUGAAUGCCUUUA